UAUUAAUCCUUUGGUGUAUCUAUAUGAUUACCUGAAUAUUUUAGUUACUUUCCAGUUUUUGCAGUUGUGGUGGGACAGACUGCAUCAGACUUUUAAAAAAGCAGAUAAAAGGAAGCAAAAGAAGAAAUCUCUUUAGAAACUUUGGAUGAGAUGGCAGAGGCUUCAGUGGAUCCCUUAGCUCUCCCUGUAAUAAGGAAAAAGAAGAGUUUGUCUAUUGAAGAAAAGAUUGACAUCAUAAACGCAGUAGAAAGUGGUAAGAAAAAAGCAGAGAUUGCAGCCAAAUAUGGAAUAAAGAAAAAUUCACUGUCUUCAAUUAUGAAGAAUAAAAACAAGAUUCUAGAAGCCUUUGAAUCAUUAAGAUUUGAUCCCAAAAGAAAAAGACUUAGAACUGCUUUUUACACAGAUCUGGAGGAGGCAUUAAUGAGAUGGUAUCGAAUCUCCCAGUGUUUAAAUGUACCAGUUAAUGGUCCAAUGUUGCGUCUCAAAGCUAAUGAUUUUGCUCAGAAACUAGGACAUAAUGAUUUUAAGUGCAGUAAUGGUUGGCUAGACCGCUUUAAAUCAAGAUAUGGUUUAGUAUUCAGAUCUCAGCCAGUGGAAACUACAAUAGUUUCAAUAGAUGCUGAGACUGCCUGGUCUCAAAAUGUGCUUCUAUAUUAUUUAAAUGAUUAUCACCCCAAGGAUAUAUUUAACCUAAAAGAGACUGGAUUGCUCUAUAGAAUGUUGCCUACAAAUACUUUUGCAUUUAAGGGGGAAGCAUGUUCAGUUGGAAAACUGUGCAAAGAAAGGAUAACUCUGGUGGUCGGGGCAAAUAUGGAUGGUUCAGAAAAGCUUCCUUUGCUUAUUAUUGGGAAACAUAAAAACCCACAUUGUUUUAAAAAUGUAAAGUCACUGCCUGUAGAUUAUGAAGCAAACAGAAUGGCAUGGAUGACCUCAGAAAUCUUUGAACUAUGGAUGCAAAAGCUUGAUGAAAAAUUUCAAGCCCAGAAAAGGCAAGUUGUGAUUUUUCUUGAUUCUUUACCAGCACAUCCAGAAGUAAAGAUUCUAAAGUCCAUUCAACUAGUUUUUUUCCCUUCAUCUUUCUCUUCCAAAUUUGUAGCUAUGAAUCAAGGUGUUAUUAAAACCCUUAAGGUCAAAUAUCGAUUCUGUCUUGUCAAGAAAUUUUUUGAUUCUGUUGAAAGCAGCAAAGAAUUUACUUUCUCUCUGCUAGAUGCAGUUGAUAUGUUGCAUCUGUGUUGGAGGACUGUAACCCCAGAGACUAUUGUGGAGAGCUAUGAAAAAGCAGGAUUCAAAUCACAACAGGGACAAAGUGGAAAGACAAAUGUGGUGACUGAAAAUGGCUUAGAUUUAAGUACUUAUGCUCUAGCUUCAGGAGUAGAAUUUCCUGAAGGUUUAUCUCUGGAAGAAUAUGCUUCCUUGGAUGAAGAUUUGGUGACAUGUCAAACAGCUUCAGAUAGUGAGGUGGCAAGGAGCAAAGAAGGGAAAACGAAUGAAACUGACUGCUAUACUUCUGAUGAAGAGGAAGAAGAUGGGCCUCCAGAAACUGAAUUACCUUUACCAUCAAAAAAGGAGGCAGUGGCAGCUUUAGAAACCCUUAAAAAAUUUCUCAGAAGUCAGGAAAUUAAUAGCACACUUCAUGAUUCUUUAGCAGAUCUUGAAAAUUUUAUUCAGUGUUUAGCAUUUAAGUAAUUAUCCAAAGUAAGUUACCUAAAGAGUAAUAAUAGACUUUUUUUCUGAUUUGAUACUAAAAUUUUAGGAAUAUAAAUGGAAAGUAUAGUAGGCUUGGUAAAAACAAAAUUGGAAAUCAGAUUUUUGUAGGAAUUUGUGAUUUAAAUGGAAAAGCCUUUCGUUUGAGUUGCAAAACUUCCUAGAUAAAAUGAAUUUUUUAAAAUGUCAAUUAUGUGUGAUUGUUAAGUAAAGGAAAAACUUAAAUUUCAAGCAAACAAUUUAAGUUUGGGAUAUUUUCUCUAGAUUUUUUUCUUGGGAAAUAUGGCUACCAUCCUCCCAAGUAAGGGUAACUAUAGAUUGAAUUGAGUCAUUCUGUUUCUUUUCAGAAGUUCAGGUUAAGUUCAUCUUUAAACUCAUCUCUGUUGAGGAAAUCAGUAACUGAGGGGAACAGAAGCCCAUCUUCAAAACUUCUUAUGAACAAAAAAUGUACAUUAUAGAAGUGAUGAAUAUUAUAGAUUAGUAAAUUCUUGUAGUAAUAUAUGUGUUAUAAUAGAAUUUCCAUGAAGUAGGAAACUUUGCCUUAAUUACUGACCUCUUUUGAUUAUCUAAUGAAACUCAGAUAGUUUCUUUGGCUUACUAUGUAACCUGAUUUUUUUUCCUUGGGACUUCUGAUUUAUUUAAUUUUUAAAUAAUUAUGAAAAGCAGCAAUUCAUUUUCUUAUGACAAUAAAAUAUACAAAGUGAGAACAACUUUGUACUAUUAUAUAUAUAUAUAUAUACAUAUAUAUAUACAUACACACAUGCAUACAUAUUAUAUGACAUUACUUAAAGGGUCAUUUGUAAAUAAAGGGUCAAAAUUGAAGGACUGAGACACCACAGUAUUUUUUUUUUGAUAUCUCUAAUUAGUAGCUAAGAUAGAUCUUUCCAAAUUGCUUUUUAAAAAUCUGUAUUAAAUAUAAAUGUAGCAAGUUUAUACAGUAUCUGUAUAUCUGUCAAAUUCUUAUGGAAUUUAUAAGCUUAAAAUAUGAUUUUCAAUAGUGCUAAAUUUAUGAAAUUUACAUGACACAUUUUUACUUAUUAAAGAGAAGUUCUCACAUGCUAUUAAAUAUUUCCUUAAUUUUGCCAGUACUUGCUUUUUUAGCCUAAUCAAUUAAAUUUUUUUAUUUUGAUGAAAAAUGUAUUUAAAAAUAUUUGAAUAUCUUAUUAGCUAUAUUUUUAUCAAGUCACUUUGAUAUGCAAAUCUUAACAUAUUUGUUUAAAUUUUCCUUUGGAAUAGUGAUAUUUAUGCUGAUCACUUUUAUUAUAUUAAAGGAUAUUAUAGCAUUCAUAAAAUAUGGUCUUAAAAGUACAUGAUGAGGUAAUGAAAAUCACUAUGCUUACAGAAUUCUAGUUGAAUUUCAUUUACUCUUACUGUGUAUUGAAAUAUUUUUCACUGUUCAUUUAAAAAAAUUAUCCUUGUCUAUCUGGCCAAUAUACAUAAAGUUAAUUUGCAGAAACCUGUCCAGAAAAAUGGAAGUUUAUGUUUAGAAUUUUUUAUUUUGCUCAUUCAAGUCUGAUUGCA